CGGCGCCCGGCCCGCGGCCCCGGCAGCUGGCGGCAGGGCGGCUAGUUCAAGUUGCCAUAGCGGCGAGGUUGCUCAUGAGAACAAAGAGGAAUGCUUAACCGUAAAUAGCUUCAAGACACUGAUGGCAGAUUCAUCCAGUGAUUCAGACAACUUAUUUACAGGUCGGGUUGGAAGGCGGCCUUUGAGAGCAUCCCACAGCAGAGCUCAGAACUAUGGUGCUGAAGAAGUUACAGAGAAGAUCCAUACUUUAGCAAGCACUUUGCAGGAUACCAACAGAAAUCUAAGACACGUUGACCAUUUGCUAGGACAAUACAGAGAAUACAACAAGGAACAAACCAAAGCAAUAACAACUUUGAAAGAAACACUGGAGCAAUCUAUAGGUCAGUUGAGGAGCCAGCGACUAACACGAAACUGUGGAAUGAGAAGUGCAUCUCUCUCAAGCUUAUAUCCCAGUGACCUGGAUGGAGAAGGAACAUCAGGCAACCACCACUUCCUGCCCACUUCUCCUCUCAGGGAUUACGGAGGCGCACCGGGCAAUAAGCACCGAAGGUCUCGAUCUGCAAGUGUUCGGUUUGUCAGUGAGGCAGACAAUGUGGAGCAGCUGCAUUCUUUCCACCAGUCUCUUCGGGAUCUCAGCAGUGAACAAGUUCGCCUGGGAGAUGACAUCAGUCGCGAGCUCUCAAGAAGAAAUCGGACUGAUGCUGAAUUAAGAAAGACUCUAGAAGAAUUGUCUGAAAAGCUCACUGAGUCCCAAAGACAAGAAACGGUAUCAGAACGAGUAGAGAGGAGACUUCAGGAGAUAGAAGAAGAGAUGCGUGCUGAAAGACAGCUCGUAGAAAGGCGCCAGGACCAGCUGGGCCAUGUGUCUCUUCAAUUACAAGAGGUUUUAAGGAAGCAAGAUGUUAAAGCAGAUGAAACAGAAGAACUCAUGAGAAACAAACUUGUGAAAUAUGAAAGUGAAAAGCAGCAGCUUGAGCAGGAAUUGGAGCAGUCUCGGAAAAAGUUGAGUGAAUCUGAAGGCAGUAGAGAAGCUCUUUUGCAUCAGAUUGAAGAUCUUCGUUCUCAGCUUUUGAGAGCAGAAGAAGACCGUGUAGAAUUGCAGCAUCAAAUCUCUUAUGCUGCCAUGCAUCGCCAGAGCUAUCAGGAUGCACAAGAUGAUGACAGGAGAAUUAGAGCAGUAGCUGAAAGGUAUGAGAGAGAGAAGCAAGAUCUAGAGAAACAUAUUUUGGAACUUAAAGCAAAGCUGAGUCAUAAUGCUGUAAUGUCAGAGGUAGAAGAACUGAAGAGAUGUAUAGAGCGUAAGGACAAGGAGAAAGCACAGCUUGUGAUGCACAUACAGAUGUUAACAUCUGACCUGGAAAACAGGGAGAAGCAGCAGGAAAAAAUGCUGGAUCAGCUGAAGGAGAUAGAGAAUUGCUACAAGGCAUGUGAGAGUGGACGCAGACAAACUGAACUCCAGUCUGCUGAGUUAGCUCAACAGGUUGAAGAGAGUACCAAGGAAGCAGAACGCUAUCUCAGUGAAUUCAAGCACUCAGAGGCACUCAGGCUGGAGAUUGAGAAAAAAAGAGAGGAUUUGAAGGUGAGAGCCCAGGAAACCAUCCGCCAAUGGAAACUGAAGUGUAAGAAACUGGAUCGUGAGGUAGAAAAGCAAAAUCAAACUAUCAGUGAGCUGAUGGACAAGAAUAGUCAGGCCCUUAAAGAAAAAGAUGAUCUCAAAAGUCAGCUUCUCUCAGCUAUAAAUCAAAUAGAAAACCUGCGGAAAGAGCUGAAUGAUGUGCUUACAAAGAGAGCCCAGCAGGAAGAACUCCUCCACUGUAAAGAGGUAAAACUGAAUGAAAUGGAGUCACACCAGGUAUCUCUUGAAGAAGAGAUCAAAGAAGUUCAAGGUACUGUAAAAAAGUUGGAGAAUGAGUUGAAAAAGCAAGUCUUUCUACAAAACCAAAUGCAAGCUGAGAAGGAGCACUUGAAGACAGAACUUGCAACUAUUAACUUGUUUCAUAAAAAAGACCAAGAACGACUCCUAGAAAUGCAAGCAGAUGUAAAACAUUUAAGUGCUGUACGUGUGGAACUAACAAACAGAAUUGCAGAAGAGGAGAAAGCCAAAAAGGAAUUACUUAAGAGCCUCUCAGACCUCCAGAAACAGCAGGAAUCUAGUCAUGAAGAGAUGAUUUCAGCUAACAGGCAGCUGAAGAUGGAAAGAGAAAUUCACCAACAGGAGUUGGCAGAUCUUAGAUCAGAGUUACAAAAUGUGAAAAUCAAACAUGAACAAAAUGUUCAAGAGCUCAUGAAACUCCUUAAACAAGAAAAAGAUGAUGGAGAGGCUCAGAUUAGAGUGCUAAAGAUGGAACUUUUAGAAGAGAAAAACAUAGUCAAGGCUCAGUGUCGACAACUGGAAAAAAUAAAAGUUGAGUGUGAUAAGUUGACAGAAGAAUUAACCCAAAAUGAGGAAGAAAAUACAAAACUAAAACGGAAAUGUGAGUUUGUAAAACAAGAACUGGAGAAAAAGGAAAAACAGAUCAGCAAUGAAGAUCAUUUGAGAAAGAUGAGUGAGGCCAGACUGCAGUUUAAGGAUCAGCUACGUCAAUUAGAAAUGGAACAGCAAUCCAUUCUCUCCAUGAUAGGAAGUGAAAUUGAUGCUGCUUGUGAAAUCAUUUCUCGGGACUCCAUGGAGAAAUUCAAAGCAAUAUCCCUUACGCCAACAGUACCGAAUGAUCCUCAUCACUGGUUAGCAGAAACCAAGACUAAGCUUCAGUGGCUCUGUGAGGAGGUAAAGGAAAGAGAAAGUAAGGAAAAAAAGCUGCGAUGCUACUUGCUGCAGAGCCGAGAACAGCUCAAGCACUUUACACAGAUAAAGGAGACUGAGCAUCAGUCUCUCUUUAAACAGAUAAAAAAACAGGAAAAACUUUUGGAAGAAGUUCACAGAGAAAAAAGAGAGCUACUAGAGAAGACACACAGAAAAGAAGAAGAAAUGGGAGCUCUCCAGGAACGUAUUAUGGCCUUAGAAAUGAGUACCCGAGUGGCUUUAAACCACCUGGAGUCUGUGCCUGAGAAACUGAGCCUGUUAGAAGAGUGCAGAGAUACUGGGGAGUCCCAUUGCCGAAAGGAGAUGAUUGAGGAGAGGUAUAUGAGGUAUAAAGACAUAGUGACUUCUUUGCAGCAACAGCUGGAAGAUUCAAAGCAAAGAGUUGGGCAAGUCAAGGAUGUGAAAAUGGAUGCUGAAAUUUCUGAUGUAGAAGUGGCUGCUCAUUCUAGUUGGCGAACUCAAAACAGCUUUUUGUGCAGCUCACCGCUUUCAAGUUCAGGUUCACUUACAAAAGGGAUGGUUCCUUUGGAUACAAGUGGCACCAAGGAAGAUGCUACUAAUGUUGCUGUUAGUGAAAAGAAGCUGCAAGCAGAAGGAGGAAAGCAGUAGAAUAUUUUAUGAAACCACACCAGUUUUCUCUGUGGUAAAUUCCAUUCCACUUUUUUUUUGGUUUUGAACCAUAGUAAUUCCAUCUGCUGUAGGAGUGAUGCACCCUUAAUGAUUCAACAAUUGCCAAACACUCAAAUGAAAGAGCACCACGACUAAUUCUAAUGAACUCGUUUGGUAAUCUAGGUGACUUGCACACCAAAGGCUUUCUGAGAUUUUGCUGUUCUCUUGUAUUUGUUUCUGCAGUCCUCUUAGACUAUAUUUAUUGUAUUCCUGAAAUACUGUGAAGUGAAAUACCUGUGACAUUAAUCUUUGCUAUGAGCUUAUUUACCCCUAUACAGGAAUUGUUCUGACACUUGUUUUUUAAUUAUGUUUAGUAACAUUAUUAAUAAUGAAAAAAACAUUCAGAAAUUGCCUAUUACUAUGAUAGAGAAUAAAUACACAGUGUUGUGCAGACACAUUUGUGAUUUUAGGUCCCUCAGUUUGAAAAAAUCAUUUCAAAAAGAAGUGAUAAAACAAAAUUUUCUCAAAGCAAUUAAAAAUUCACAGCUUGGUUUCGGGUUCAGCAUAUAUGUAUUAUAAAUUGUCUAGAAUUAUUCUUUUGGCCAGAACACUUUUAUUAGAUGGCCUCAAUUAGGCACUUUAAAGAAUCUGAAUCUCACCCAUCUGUAUCAGGAGUGUUGAAUGGCACUUCUUUGUGGCUGUGAAAAUUUUAAAAGCAAUGUCUAAUGUUCAUUUAUUUAUUCUGUUUUGUUCUCUAUUAGAGAAGAUGUGUUAUAUUGAUUGUAAAAUACUAUGGAAAUAGAAUAUUGCUCAUUUGUAUUUGUUCAGAUAUCACUAUUCUAAACAAAUUAGACACAAUUUUGCGUUACAGUGGUCUCAAAGAGCAAAUCAAAGAAUUUUCUGUCUAAGAAUUCUGCUGUCUAAAGAAAUGCAAGUGUUUCUGAUGGUUCUAGUUUCAUUUUCCCCUCAGCUACUUCUGGCUGGAUCACUGCUAGUGUGCCUUAAAAGAUUUGCCAAAGCUACCAGGGUACUGUAGCAACAUUAACACCACUCAAACAAUUUUGUUUUGCAGACUUCUGUCAUAUUUAGGAAGUCUAUUUCUUCUCUGAAACACUGUUAUUUUUUACCACUGUAGGUGUCUCAGGUAUAAUUCAUAGGCCAUGAUGUGCCAUCACAAAAGAGGACUCUUUUAUUUUUAUUUUCCAAUACUCUGAUGAAGUGUUCUGUAGUCCCAGUGGGUGCUCUGGACCGUGUGCUUCUUGACAAUCACCUUGUGUUCGUCCUGUUUCAAACAGAACAACAUGCUGAGAACAUCAAAAUCAGACACAGAAAUGAGAAAAAGAUUGAGUUUAUUCUCUGUUCAUUUUCCAUGAACUUAAAUUGCUUAAAACUAAAAAAAAUCUGACAUGGUUAAAAGUUUUCUUUACCUUUUGUUGUGUAUUAUGCUGUGCAUGAUAGUGCUGGCAUUGGCUUUUUGCAAACUUCUGGCAUAUCUCCUCAUUCAGAGGGUCAAGAAAACAAAACAGGCACAUCCAUCUGUUCUGAUCUCAAUGGCCAUGACAGGAACAAGAAAAAAAAUCAACAAAUAAACUGAUCUCUACAAAGAGUGUGGAUGUCAUGAAACAGUGUUUAGCUCAAGCCACAGCUACUAUAAACUAAACUUACUUUAAGUGGAUCCAACAUUUGGAAUUUAUUUUUUUUAUUAGAUCACAGCAGAGGUGAAAAUAUGGCAUUUAAAAUACUUUAACUGGUUUGGUCUGCUGCAACUUAUAAAAUUGCAAAGCAAAAUGUUAGCAGUUUGCAGACUUUAUGGUACCUACAAAUUAUGGCCAAAACAUAGAAUGAUCACUUUAAAGUAUAUUAUUAAGCGAUAAAUCAUGUUCUCAAAACACCUUAUGUGGUAGUGAGGUCUGGUGCAUGGAUUGCUGAUGGAUAAAUGUAUACCCUAACUGUUUUACCAAAGUUUAAAUUAUUUUGUGUCAUGAAAGUAGGUAAAUAAAGGGGCCUUUGAGAGUCUUAGCUGAGAAGUAAGACCAGAAAUAUAAUGUCCUCUCUUUUUCCUAAGAAAUUUGUAAAAAUUGUACCAUUUUAUGUAUUUAUACAUUUUUUCCUGACUUGUAACUUAGAAAUCUGAAGUAUGUGUUCUUAAAACAGGAUCACUACUGAUUUAUAUUGUUAGAAAACAAGGACAAGCAGUCUUAUCUCCCUCACUAUUACAUCAAGUAUUGAAUCGACUUCUGUACUACAUAGGACAGAAAUUACUACUGGGUGAACAAUUUUGGCUUUAAAACUUAAGGUAUGUUCAGUGCUUAGUAUAUUUGCCUUUUCCCAUGUGACUGGGUUUUCAUCAGUUUUAUAUCCUUUUAUAAAAUUUUCUAGAAGGAGUGGAAGAACAGAAGAGACGUCAAACCAUGCACACACACACACUCGCAAAAAAUUCUUACUGAGUAGACAUAGGGACUCCAAAGCCAGGAAAUUCUUUCUUAAGUUUACCCUCUUGGCAUGGCAGUCUAGAUAGCAUGUAAUAUUUGUCUCUCUUCCUCCUUUAAUAGAGGUUCAUAUUACAAAGUGAAUUUUGUUUCCUCUUUACUGAAGGCUAAAGUUCCGUUCAUGACAUUAUGUGAAACUGUCCCUUUGUGGUUUAAGAAAUAAUAUUUUUUCCAUAUUAGUCUGAAAUAAUAUUCUUCUGCACAAUUUCAGUUUUUAAAGUAGAAAAGCAGAAAUUUUUAAAUACAACCUUUUGUAUAUUUCACAUCUUUAAAAUUGCUGUCCCUUCUGGUAGCCAGAUGUUUUUGUACUUUAACCCUUUAAUGACCUAUUACUCAAUUCAUACCCAAAACAGUUGUUUUCAAUAAUCAAAAAUGUGGUAUUGUGCACACAAAAAGUGAUGGUUUAAAUCUGUGUUCUGUUUAGCAUUUGGCAAAUCAGGCAAAUUUUUAUGUAUGUACUAAGUACAUACAGAUUUUAUAAGCUAGUAUCAGGCACUCUUUUUUUUUUAAUGCUGCAGUGAAAUACAGUGCUUCAGUACUGUGCUUUCAAAAAUGUAUUGGCCCUCUAUUUUAGCAUCAAAUAGCUGUCACAUGAGUAAGCUAGAAAUUUUAUGCCCUUCAGUUCCUAAUGUUUUAUAGCAGACUUGAGAGUACUUAAUUACUUUUGAGACUAUAUUUACUAAACAGACAAAAUAAUUUAUUAUUAUUGUGUAAUUAUGUCAUCCUAAGAAGAAAUGUCAAAAUAAAAAUAAAAAAUAAAAUUUUACAGUGCAAAACAAA